AUGAACUCCUUCUUCUGCGAAGACACGAAGGAGGAAGAACAGCUCCUCCAGAAAAUCAUCAAAGUGAAGGAGGACACCCUGCCCGGCGUCAUCCUGGAGAUACUGACGAACAAAUGUCUCUCCAAGAGGGGGCCAAAGGGGGAGCAAGCCAAAGUCAAAGUGGAGCCCCACUUUUCGGGGGACUCCCUCUUGAGGAAUGAAACCCACGAUGGGUGGGCCGACCAGGCGCAGCUAGCCAAAAAGGGGGAGCAAAAAAAUGUCCCACCUGCUAACUACGAAAUGCUAAACGUCCAACCUGCUCACCGCCAACUGCUGAGCGCCCCGCUGGACACGAACGUCUUCUCCUUCCACCUGAAAAAGAACGGACGUGUAAACGCAGACACCUUUUUUAUCCCCUAUAAAAGCGAAAAGGAUGAAGACGUCAUAAGGGAGUACACGUAUAGCUACAGCUACUACGACGUGUAUAGCCCGAGCAUCGAGCGGACCAACAAGCUCUUUCACGCGAAUAAUGGCCCGGUGUGUGGUGCUGCACGAGGGGAGGAGGGAAUGAUUCACCAGAAGGAGGUUCAAAUAAAACAGGAGAAGGAAGACGCAGAGGGAGAGGAAGAUCAAUUACCUCCAGACGGAUUUGCCGAAUGGACCAUAAAACAAAGUGAGACAACGGAAGACGAAACGGGGGGAGAAACUCCAGCAGAAGGAUUGCCCCUCCUUACAAAUGAAAAACUCCCUUGUAAAGCAAAAAAUUUGGAAAAAUUUCUGGUUCAUUUUAGGGGCAGAUUAUUCAUCGGGUGUAAUCUGGUCUAUUCUCACUUCAAGUGCAAGACAUUUCUUGGCACCAUACAGGGUAGGGAGUUGGACGAAGGGGAGACCACCACACAGGGAGAAAACGAUCUACACUUUGUUAAAAAAGAAAUACAAACGUAUAACUUAAUUGAGAGUGCCACUUAUUGGAAACAGGAUGAGUAUCCCGAUGUGUCCGAUGCGAACGUGCAGAAGUUUCUCUUCUUGACGGUCGUGCCGGCGCUGUGCGAUUACGCGGAGGAGGAGCCCGCCGAUGUGCUCUUUUAG